UUAAAAAGAGAGAGAAAAAAGUGCUGUGUGGGAGGGGCACAGUGUUAUAAAAGCAGUCAUUACCAUGUCAGGGCUGUAACAACUCUCAGAGGAGCAUUUCCAGUCAGACAGCAACCCAGAGAAUCACAAGGUUGAUACAAUGGAAGAUCUUUAUGUUGCGAACACAAUUUUUGCCCUCAAUUUCUUCAAGCAUCUGGCAAAAGCAAACCCCACCCAGAACCUCUUCUUCUCUCCAUGGAGUAUCUCAUCCACCAUGGCCAUGGUCUACCUGGGUUCCAGGGGCAGCACUGAAGACCAGAUGGCCAAGGUGCUUCAGUUUAAGCAAGUUGGAGGUCGUGAUGUCACCCCAGCGACCCCAGAGAACUUUGCUGGUUGUGAAUUCACGCAGCAGGUCCAGAAGGGUCCUUAUCCCAGUGCUAUUUUGCAGGCACAAGUCAGAGACACAAUCCAUUCCUCCUUCAACUCUCUGAGCUCUGCAAUCAACAAAUCCACAGGGGAUUAUCUAUUGGAAAGUGCCAACAAGCUGUUUGGAGAGAAGUCUGCGAGGUUCAAGGACGAAUACAUGAAACUUUCUAAGAAAUACUACUCCACAGAACCCCAGGCAGUAGACUUCUUGGAAUGUGCAGAAGAAGCCAGAAAAAAAAUUAAUUCCUGGGUCAACACUCAAACCAAAGGCAAAAUCCCAAAUCUGUUACCUGAAGGUUCUAUAGAUGGAGAGACCAGGAUGGUCCUGGUGAAUGCUGUCUACUUCAAAGGAAAGUGGAAAACUCCCUUUGAGAAGAAGCUGAAUGGGCUUUAUCCUUUCCGUGUGAACUUGACUGAGAGAAAACCUGUACAAAUGAUGUACUUGCGUGAAAAGCUGAACAUUGGAUACAUACAAGACCUAAAGGCUCAGAUUCUUGAGCUCCCAUAUGCUGGAAAUGUCAGCAUGUUCCUGUUGCUUCCAGACGAAUUUGCUGAUGCUAGCACUGGGUUGGAGCUGUUGGAAAGUGCAAUCACCUAUGACAAACUGCAAAAAUGGACCAGCAAAGACACAAUGGCUGAAGAUGAUGUUGAAGUAUAUCUCCCCCAGUUCAAAUUAGAAGAGCGUUAUGAACUCAAAUCCAUUCUGAGAAGCAUGGGCAUGGAGGAUGCCUUCAACAAGGGCCAGGCCAAUUUCCAAGGAAUGUCGGAAAAAGAUGAUCUGUUUCUCUCUGAAGUGUUCCAUCAAGCAACAGUGGAUGUUAAUGAGGAGGGCACUGAAGCCACUGCUGGCACUGGGGGCACUAUGACAGGGAGAACUGGUCAUGGGGGCCCUCAGUUUGUGGCAGAUCAUCCUUUCCUUUUCCUGAUCACGCACAAAGUAGCCAAGAGCAUCCUGUUUUUGGGCAGAUUCUCCUCACCCUCAAAUUGAAAGCCUCCAUUUCUACACGGUAUUUUGUAGCAUGAGCUAUAAGCCUCAGAAUUGCUAUCUCAAGUGCCAAAAAUUUAGAGACUUUUUCUAUGUUUCUGUUUUUCUGAAAAAAUUUCAACAUACUAAAUAUAAAAGCAAAAAUAGACACCUGUCAACCAUAAUAUGAUUCCUCUACUAAUCAUUUGAUCCCCUGAAUAAGAUGAUGUCCAUUUUAUUCUUUCUUACUCUUCCUUUAUUUUAUAGCAUUAACUUUUCUUUUGUUAUUUAUUAUUUUAUAUAAUAAUGGGUUUUUAAAAUUAUUAACUACCUAUUCAAUGUAACUAAUAGUUACACAAGCAAGUGAUCAGUUAAUUUUCUCUCUAAAGAAAUACAUUUAUUUGUUUUUGUAAUGAACGAGUAGGUGUUUCUCCAUACCCUCUGUAAUAAAUAUCUUGAAGAAAGGGCUUGAACAACAUGCAAAUAUGUUAUGUCCAUUACUAGCAUUACAUAUUGUUUUUGUAACUCAUGUAAAAUUACAAAUAUACAAUAAAUGAACAUGUUUCCAUAAAA